GAUGGACUGAAACCGGUCGCAGCUCCGACAAAGAUCCACUGAGUGGCAGGGGUCUAUAGAUUAACCUGCCCCCCAACCAGAGACUACGCACAGAGGAUUGAAUAUCCACGACCCAAUAGACAACACACUAGGGUCGGACCGGCCGGGCCUCUUGAGUUCUCAGCUGUCGAUCGGUCUUACAAUGGCUGCAGCAUUUCCUAGCUCUCAGGCCACCCUUCCCAAAGUGACCCUGCCCGAUUUGGGGCAGUCGACCUCCGAGACCGUCAAAGACUUCCGAACCCUAAUCCAGAAUGAUCCAACCCUGCUCAAGAAUACCACUGCCAUGUUCAUCCAGGCUGGCUCCGAUCCCCUGAACGUGACGCAGAAUCUGGCCGGGUUCCUGGUGAACCUGGACAAGAUCACGCGGACUGCUCCUGCCUACGACGCCUCUGCCGAAAAGAACUCCCCCGGAGGCAGCAUGGGAAUCCUGACCAACCUGCUGGAACCCUACCUCAAGACCGCCGCGGGGCAGGAAUUCUUUCGGGACGCGCGAGUGGACAAGGUUCUCCAGUCUGUGCUCAAAGAGUGGACGGCCUACCUGAAAUCCCCGGAGUCCGCCAGCGUCCUCACCAACGAAGACGGCGGGUGGUUCAGCCGGGCGGCCCUCUCCGACGAGGAACGCAAGACCUUCUUCCAGGACUACAAGUGCGAGCAGGAAGCCCCGCACUACGGCUUCGAGUCCUGGGACCAGUUCUUCACGCGCGAGUUCCGGGAGGGCGCGCGGCCGGUCGCGGCGCCCGACGACGACAAUAUCAUCACGGCCGCCUGCGAGUCGGUGAAGGUCGUCUUCCAGCCGGACGUGCAGCUCUCCGACACCUUCAACAUCAAGGAUCACAAGUACUCGCUCGGCACGAUGUUCAACGACCAGGACCUCGCGGGGAAGUUCGGCGGCGGCCGGCUCUACCAGGGCUCCCUGAACCCGACUAACUACCACCGCUGGCACGCGCCCGUCUCCGGCACCAUCAGUACCAUGCAGGUCAUCGCGGGCACGUUCUUCCACUCUGGGAUGAACGUCGCCUUCGACGCCAGCCCCUUCACGGGAGCGAUCGAGUAUGAGGUCGGGGCGGCUCUGCACGAGGCCACCCGGUGUGUCAUCGUGAUCGACAACGCCAAGCUGGGCCCCGUCGCGUGCGUCUUCGCCGGCAUGCGCGAGCGCGGCUCCUGCGAGCCGACGGUGCAGGUUGGCGACGAUGUGAGCAAGGGGGACCAGCUGGGCAUGUUCCAUUUCGGCGGCAGCACGCAUUGUCUGAUCUUCAAUAGGAACAUCAACGUUUCGGUUCCAUCAGAGGGGGUGGUUCCGUCCGGUCUGCCUGUUGCGGUGAACUCGCAGCUGUUUACUGUAUCGUAGGAUGCCUGCGCGAGCUUCGUGUGCCACAGAGUCGUGUAUGCCAGAGGAAUUGUCAGUAAGAAAAUGCAUUACCAUAAGGGCUCUUUGCCUUCUAUCUGUUUGGGGGUCUUGUCGUGGGCCAGGAAAGUGUUGUCUCGGUUCACUACGUUUCUGUCGCGAGAGUCUUGGCUGUAUCAAAUUAUGUAUGGAACGAUGACUUCAAUCGAUGGCAAAUUGGGCUGUCGCAAGUCUUUAGGUGGUAUUUUCAAAACUAAGCUGAGAUUAUUGACAACUCUCUGUGGCUCCAAUUACUCAUUGAACGGGGAUUGAGUCCUUGGAACGUUGCCGCCAACCCAGUAGACUCCAAGGUCGAACCACCUAUGCUAGGUGUAAGCUAGAGGCGCCUGUUCGAGCCAUGGAUUGAGGUCAAGCUAGUAAAAUAAUCAGCUGCGCUAGAUACUAUUACUAAAAUGAAUGUCGCUGUUCAGCAGCGUAGCCG